AUGCUCAUGCUGUCUGUGCUGUGCUGUGCUGGAAACGCUUCGCACUACCCUUGGAAUAUCCCAAACAAAACGCCUUGCCCAGCCUUUCACCCAUAUGCCAUCCAUCUCUCGUAUGUCAAAGACAACCUUACGAGAAUGAUGCAGAUUGAGUCAAUGCUCCAUAAUGAAGUGAUGCUGCAUCUCAGACAGCCAUACUGCCAUGAUGCUGAUUCUUGGAUGCUGUUUCUUGUCGGUAUUUGGGCCAAUGCUGUGAUGCUGAUUCUUGGAUGCUGACUCUUGUCGGCAUGUUCUUCGACUGAUGUUAAAAGUUGUGUGUAGUUGAGCCAAUGCUGUGAUGCUGCAUCUCAAGUAGCCAUAGUGACAUGAUGCUGAUUCUUGGAUGCUGACUCUUAUUGAAAAGUUCGUCGAUCAAUGUUGAAUGUAGUGUGACUGCUCAACCCAGCAAUGUAGUAUCGAGGCCGAUGAGCUUCUCAAAACGAGAUCUCAGGCCAUAUACAACCGCUUUGGAGUUGCUGUAUUGAAUGUCGUGGUAGCCACCGAGAUUGGCGUUGCGCCAUCCCUGAAGUUGGCCGUAAUGACCUAUCCAGGUCAUAAAGCAGAAGAUGAGGAAGAUGAUGAAAAUGAGACCGCGCAGACUGGGUGCGUUGCCCUGCUUCUCCUGCUGAUGAACCACGUGCCUAACGCGGACUUC